AGGUUGAAAGCACAAAUUCCAGAGUUAAAAUCGUCUCUGAAUAUUAUUUCUUAUUUAGAGCACCUUAAGAAAUCAGGUUCAACAGUUGAAAGUCAUUACCAACUGAACGAUUCUCUGUUUUCUAAGGCCAAAAUCAAACCAACUAACAGUGUUUGCUUGUGGCUAGGUGCGAAUGUUAUGCUUGAGUAUGAUAUUGACGAAGCAAGGGAGCUUUUGCUAAAGAAUCAAGAAACAGCCGUAAAAACGCUCUCUGCAGUAGAUGAUGAUUUGGGCUUCAUCAGAGAUCAGACGACGACUAUUGAAGUCAACAUGGCUCGAGUUUACAACUGGGAUGUGAAAAAAAGACAAAAAGAUAAAUCUUCAUGA